CAUCAGAGCGACUACAUAAAAUUUGGAUUUUUCUGGACUGGAGAUGAAGAGGAUCCCAAUCCACACUGUGUUUUGUGCUACGAGUCGUUGGCUAACGAGGCUAUGAAACCCGCCAAGCUCAAGCGUCAUUUUGAGAGCAAACACAAGGAUUACAUCGGGAAACCUUUAGCAUUGUUUGAGAGAAAACGUGAUGAACUUAAAAAACACAUGACGAAGGCGCCCUCACAUUUUUUUGCGACGGGGGAAAAUAGGAAGGCUACAGAGGCAUCAUACAGGGUAUCCCUUCUCAUCGCAAAAACAGGGAAACCUCAUUCGAUAGGUGAGAAUUUAGUCAAACCAGCUGCCAAGGUUAUGGCUAAUGUAUUGUUUGGGGAGAAAGCAAGCUACGAAAUUAACAGGGUCCCCCUCUCCAAUGAUACUGUCCAGCGGCGAAUAACAGCCAUGGCCGAAAAUGUCAAAGAUCAGCUGAUCACACGUUUACGCCAAAGCCAGUUUUUCACACUGCAACUGGACGAGUCAACUGAUAUCGUGAAUGAGGCAAAUCUGCUGUGUUUUGUAAGGUACAUUUAUGAUGGCGGUGUGCAGGAUGAAUUUCUGUUUUGUCGUUCCCUGCCGACCAACACCACAGGGGAAGCCAUUUUUGACUCAGUCAACGAUUUCAUCCUGCAGAAUAAUAUCGACUGGACACGAUGUGUUGGUAUUUGCACAGAUGGUGCAACUGCAAUGACUGGGAAACACAAGGGACUGGCAGCGCGCGUACGCGCAGUUGCACCUUGCGCCACAGCAACACAUUGUUGCAUUCACAGAGAACAGCUGGCUGUGAGAAAAAUGCCACCAUGCCUCAAAUCAAUACUGGACGAGUCUGUGAAAAUUGUUAAUACAAUAAAAACCAAAGCACUGAACACACGUCUUUUUAAAGCUCUGUGUGAUGAAAUGGGAAGUGAACACACAAAAGUGCUUUUCCAUACUGAAGUUCGCUGGCUGUCGCGUGGGAAAGUUCUCACCCGUCUAUUUGAACUGCGCGAU